AUGGCAACUGAAGCUGCAAGUGUCUAUCCCUCCUUGGGGGACCGUCCUAUCAAGAAAACAGUGUGCCUCUUUGAUGUUGACGAAACUCUCACCCCCGCAAGAGCAAGUGUUCAGCCAGAAAUGCUCGAGCUCCUCUCUCAAUUGCGACACAAGUGUGCCAUUGGAUUUGUUGGCGGAUCGAAUCUGGUGAAACAGCAAGAACAGCUCGGCACACCCUCCAUCAAUGUCACCACUCUUUUUGACUUCUGCUUUGCUGAAAAUGGCCUCGUUGCCUACCGCCUGGGCAAGCCACUGUCUAGCAACAGCUUCAUCCAGUGGCUCGGGGAGGACAAGUACCAGGAGUUGGUGGAUUUCUGCCUCAAAUACAUUGCCAAUGUGAAACUGCCCAGGAAGCGUGGCACCUUUAUUGAGUUCCGAAAUGGCAUGGUCAACAUCAGUCCCGUUGGGCGUAAUGCCAGCCCUGAGGAGCGCAAAGAGUUCGAGGCCUAUGACAAGAUACACAAUAUCCGAAAGGACCUUGUGGAAGCCUUGAAAAAGGAGUUCUCUGAUUAUGGUCUCACUUUCUCAAUUGGUGGUCAGAUUUCUUUCGACGUCUUCCCGACCGGGUGGGACAAGACGUAUUGCCUGCAGCACAUCGAGGCCGAGAAGGGCAUCUCGGGUGUUGAGUACAAGACCAUCCACUUCUUUGGAGACAAGACCUUCCCUGGUGGAAAUGACCACGAAAUCUAUGCUGACCCUCGGACUAUCGGCCAUGCUGUCGAUGGCCCUGCCGACACCAUGAAGCAGCUGAAGGAGCUCUUCGGGCUAUAG